AUGAGCCAGGACAAACAGAGUAAGCAGGUACCGGAUUGCAGCGGACCGAUGUCCCCGUCCAAAGCCAAGAAAUCCCCCAGGAUGCCCAAGUGCUCCCGCUGUAGAAAUCACGGAUACGUGUCUCCACUCAAGGGACACAAGCGCUUUUGCAAUUGGAGGGACUGCCAGUGUCCCAAAUGCAAAUUGAUCGCGGAGAGGCAGAGAGUCAUGGCGGCCCAGGUUGCUCUGAGGAGGCAGCAGGCCCAAGAAGAAGAGCUUGGGAUUUGUAGUCCAGUGUCUCUGUCCGGUUCUGAGAUGAUGGUCAAGAAUGAAGUUGGAGCAGACUGCCUGUUCUCUGUGGAGGGACGGUCCCCGACACCUACCAGCCACCCCACCUCUGCUGUCACAGGGACCCACUCAGCAUCGUCCCCCAGCCCAUCAGCCGCUGCCAGGGCUCAUACCGAGGGACCGUCUGACCUCCUGCUGGAAACCCCCUAUUACAAUUUCUACCAGCCUUCGCGCUACCCCACCUACUAUGGAAACCUUUACAACUACCCGCAGUACCAGGUGGAUGGUGAUAAUAUAAGGGUAUGUAGAGCUUCCAGACAGGAGAUGGUGCCAGAUAAGAAGACAGGCCCUCUCAGGGAGAUGCCUCAUGGCGAUGGCCGCCUGCCCAGCCACAACGUGUCGUCUCAGUACCGCAUGCACUCCUACUACCCAGCAGCCACCUACCUGACUCAGGGCCUGGGCUCCACCAGCUGUGUGCCACCCUUCUUUAGCCUGGAUGACAACAAUAACAGCUGCUCUGAGACCAUGGCAGCCUCAGCCUUCUCACCCGGCAGCAUCUCCGCUGGUCACGACUCCACCAUGAUCUGCGGCUCCAUCGGCUCCCGGGUUAACGCUGACGCCAAGGCCGAGUGCGAGGCCAGCAGCCAAGCUGACGGCUUCACCGUCGACUCCAUCGAAGGCGGCGCCACCAAAUAAAAGAAGAAAAGGAUAAGAUCACACGACAGAAGCUUUACGAGUUCUUUAAAAACCGUUUAAUCGUUCACUCACGCUUCACGUUGUCUUCACGUUGUCUUCACGUUGUCUUCAGGUUGUCUUCACGUUUCCCUUCUAAAGCUCUGUUCUUGUAUUUGUAGAUCAUUUUUAGCUCUUAAAUCCAGUUCAGGGUUACGUAUCACAAUGUAAUUAACUGGCUAAUGCAGUGAGACCCUUGAUUAGCUUUAAUCAAGAUCAGAUGAUUGAGUGUGAAGCA